AUGGAAAAAAGCACGAAUGAACAAGGUAGCAGGCCUACGUCUGUCGACGCGCAACCACGGAGCAACAGCCACGUAUCGCUUGUGCAGGAAGCAGUCGAGAAAAACGAACCAAUUGGAGCAGAAUUGUCGAAAGUUGCCUCCAUGACGCCAGCCAGUCCCUUUGCCAUCUUUGCCAUUUUCACCGGUCUGGCAUUCAUGAUUAUCUGCAUUGCCCUGGUGCGUUCCAAACUCCCUGCAGUACUUUUCACACUCUUGUCUUCUGACAACAUCCCAAUGUUUUUCCAGGAUCGAUCGAUUGUUGCCACCGCCAUCCCCAAAAUCACAUCCGAGUUCCACUCGCUGCCCGACGUGGGCUGGUACGGCUCGGCGUACCUCAUGGCCACCUGCUGCCUGCAGCUCUUCUUUGGCAAGCUCUACGCCGAGUUCCAGGUCAAGUGGGUAUUUCUGUCCGCGCUCGUCCUCUUCGAGGUCGGAUCGGUCAUUUGCGCAGCCGCGUCCAGCUCCGUCGUCCUGAUUGUCGGCCGGGCUGUGGCGGGAGCGGGCUGCGCUGGCCUCUACUCCGGUGCUUUUAUUUUGAUUCGUUUCUUUAUCCCAGUGAAUGAGCUGCCCAAAUACACGGGCGCACUGGGUGGCAUGGGUGGUAUUGCGCAGACUAUCGCGCCAACGCUGGGAGGUGUUUUUACCGACAAGGCAACGUGGAGAUGGUGUUUCUGGAUCAACCUACCCAUCGGCGGCAUCACCUUUCUCGUGAUCCUCUCGCUCGUCAAAAUCCCGGCCGAAAGCAAAGUCAACAAGACUCACAGCCUCAGCGACUUUAUUUCUCGCUUCGAUCUCAUCGGCACGCUCGUCUUCAUCCCCACCAUAAUCUGCCUGCUACUGGCGCUGCAGUGGGGAGGCGUCAAGUAUGCCUGGGGCUCAUGGCGCAUCAUCCUUCUCCUCACCCUCUUCUCUGUGCUUCUUGUCGUGUGGGUGGCCUCGCAGUAUCUGCAGGGCGACAAGGCAACGGUGCCUCUGUCCAUCAUAAAGCAGCGUUCACUUGCCGGUGGUAUCUUGUUCGUCUUUUGCUACUUUGCCGCCUUCUUCAUCACGACAUACUAUGUGCCGAUCUGGUUUCAGGCUGUGCGCACCGUGUCGGCUUACACGUCUGGCAUCAACAUGUUGGCCGCGAGCGCUGCCAUGUCAGUCGCCGUCAUCAGUUCUGGAUUUAUUGUUUCCAAAGUCGGAUACUAUGUGCCAAGCAUGAUUGCUUCCGUGGUUGUUUUGUCAAUCGGCUCCGGUCUGGUGUAUACGUUUGAUCGACACACAAGCACUGUGAAAUGGGCCGCGUCACUUGUCGUCACUGGUCUAGGAGUAGGUUUAGGCAUCCAGCAGCCCAUCAUCGCCGCGCAGACUAUCUUCAAAGGCCCUGAGCUCGCCAUUGCCACGAGCGUCCUGAUAUUCCUGCAGAGUCUGUCCGGCACGGUGUUUCUGUCCGUCGCUCAAAACGUGUUCGAGGGCAAGGUGCAACGUGUCAUCCAGCAUACACUCCCUGGUGUCGACGCUGCAGACGUGCUGGGUGUGGGUGCUUCAGACCUUGGGGCAGCCAUGAAGAAGAAGUACCCCGACCAGGUGGAUGCCAUCUUGGACUCUUACAACGCCGGCCUUCAAACUGUUUUUCUGAUGGGUGUCGUCUUUGCCUGUGUUAGUAUAGUUGCCAUUCCGUUGAUGGAGUGGCGCAGUGUGAAGAGGAAGGAAGAGGUCGCUCCGAAGCCGGCGCAAAACGCCGAGGGUGCGUCGGACACUGAAAAGGCGGCGUGA